UAUUUUAUUUUAUUUUAGUUAAACAGUCUUAGCUGACACCAAUUGAUCAGCACCUUGGACAGAGCAAAAUGUUMGUAUUUUUCUGAUAUCUGUGUGUGUCUGUCUGUUUGUCUGUCUUUCAAUCUGUCUGUCUCUAUGUCUGUUUGUCUGUCUGACUGUUAWUCUCUCAGUCUAUCUUAUUUCAUCGAUUCAUAUUUUACUUAGCGCUUUGACUGUGUAAAAAUUCUGUAGUUUCAUAUUUUAUCUCGAGGGGUCGCUGUGGGUUAAUGUCAGGGAAAUUAAACCUUCCCUUCGACAGAAACGCUCCAUCCUCUGUUUUUUUCGCAGAUAGCCUGACAAAGAGACUCGUUCUGAACUCAACAUGCGCUCAUAGUGUAAUAAUUCGUCAGCAUUGAACAUUUAUUACUUUGUCCAUUCGGUUAUUUCAGUGGUUUUUCAAGAUGGCUGCUUUGCGGCGUUUAAACAAGGAGGGCAUUUUUCSGAUGUGGCUGCUGCUCCUCAGCGUCUGUGUCGCAGAGAUUGCUUUCGGUCAGGUCCGUUAUUCAAUACCCGAAGAGAUGUCGACUGGCUCGGUCGUCGGGAAUAUUGUCCAGGAUCUAGGCUUGGAUAUUAAACGACUGAAGUCUGGGCGUGCCAGGAUUUUUACCGAAGAUGGCAGUGAGUACAUCGGGCUGAAUAUAGAGAAAGGAACCUUGGUCGUGACUAAAAGGAUUGAUAGAGAAGWAUUGUGCAAGCAGCUGUCUCCCUGCUCUCUGCAUUUCCAAAUUAUUUUAGAAAAUCCGAUGGAGCUGCAAAGAAUAGACGUAGAGAUUACAGAUGUUAACGAUAAUUCUCCGUUUUUUUCUAAAAAAGAAUACAAUUUCCAGGUUAGCGAAUCUGCCUCUUCAGGGUCUCGUUAUUUGCUGGAGAGUGCCAAAGAUCCAGAUGUAGCUCAAAACACCAUACAAAYAUAUAAACUAAACCCUACAGACCAUUUCAAGUUGAACACCGUGUCUCGRUCUGACGGAACAAARWAYAUUGAAAUGGUUCUUCACACGCUGCUAGACAGAGAAAAACAAGACGAGCACAAACUGACCCUGACUGCGCUAGAUGGGGGUAAUCCUCAGAAAUCCGGAUCUGUUAAAAUAAAUGUGAUUGUCUUGGAUGCUAAUGACAAUGCGCCAGUAUUUAGUCARUCUGUCUACAGAGUCAUCGUUCUUGAAAACGCACCUCAAGGCACAGCUAUUAUCAGAGUUAGUGCUACUGAUAAUGAUAAGGGGGRAAACCAAGAGGUGACGUAUUCCUUUUCACAGCAUACUAACACCGUAKCAUCCCUGUUUAAUAUUGAUCAUCAAACUGGAGAAAUUAYAUUAACUGCUGYGUUAGAUUAUGAAAAAGUUAAGCAUUAYGAAAUMGAUGUUGAAGCWACAGACAACGGAGGRCUAACAGACGCCUGUAAKGUUCUGAUUGAGGUGACUGACAUAAAUGACAAUCCUCCUAUAAUMAGCAUAAUUUCGCUUUCCAACCCCAUUCCUGAAGAUUCUGAGUUAAAUACAGUUAUUGCGAUGAUCAACAUUAAAGAUUUAGACUCAGGAAAGAAUGGCCAAGUUCACUGUUUUAUAAACCCMGAACUGCCUUUCAAAAUCACAUCAUCGACACCUAAUUUUUAUAGUCUUGUGUCUGCUGAUGUUCUGGAUCGUGAAACUGAUCCAGUUUAUAAUAUAACGAUAACAGCAGGAAAUGAUCCAGCAAAGCCCUGA